AUGGGUUCCUCCCAGCGGCAGUUAGUACUCCCAUUCCUGCUCCUUCUGGCCUUGGCCGGAACAGCACUGAGUGGUGUACAGGAGGUGCACAACGUUCUGGAGUUGACAGGACGGGCAGUGAAUAAGCUGAGGUUUUCCACGGAUGUGGCUUCGGACAAGUACACUCCACCGGAGGAGAUGGAUCCCCAGUACUGGUACAACAUCGCCGACGAGGAGAUCACCAAGAGGCUGGAACUACCACAACCCAAUUCCCAGAAGGCCAAGAACAUCAUUAUGUUCCUCGGAGAUGGCAUGCCACUCGCCACCGUUGCAGCUGCUCGCAUCCUGAAAGGACAACGCCAAGGAAACACAGGUGAGGAGUCCUCCCUGAGCUUCGAGCGAUUCCCCUACACCGGUUUGAGCAGGACCUACUGCUCCAAUUCCCAAGUGCCCGACUCCGCCUGCACUGCCACGGCGUAUUUGUGCGGCGUUAAGACCAACAUCGUCAAUAUCGGAGUAAGUGCAGCAGUGGAAUACAAUAACUGCAGCGCCAGCCAGGAUCCCGCGAACCGCCUGACCUCCAUCGCCGAGUGGGCCCAAAACGCUGGAAAGUCCACGGGUAUUGUGACCACCACCACACUGACCCAUGCCAGUCCCUCGGGAGCAUAUGCAAAAACAGCCAACCGCAUGUGGGAGUGCGACACAGAUGUGACCAACUAUGGUGUGGAUGCCAGCUCCUGCAUCGACAUGGCCACCCAGCUGGUUACCCAGACGCCCGGCAAAAACUUCGAGGUUAUGUUCGGCGGAGGAAUGGGCAAGUUCCUCCCCAACUCCAUCGUUGAUUCUCACGGAAAGCCUGGUGAGCGAUCUGACGGAGUGAAUCUGCUCUCCCGCUGGCAGGGGCUCCACGAUGGAGGCGUCUUGGUCACCAAUCGCAAUCAGCUGCUUAAUUUGAACGUGUCAGCAGUGUCCAGUGUCAUAGGUCUCUUCCAAUCCCAGCUGAUGAACUUCCACUUGGAGGCUGAUGACACCUAUCAGCCCACCCUCUCAGAACUCACUGAGGUGACCAUCAAGAAGCUCAGCCAAAACAAUGAAAACGGAUUCUUUGCGUUCAUUGAAGGUGGUCUCAUUGACUAUGGCAACCACUACACCAAAGCUGGCUAUGCUUUGGAUGAGACUUUGGAAUUCGAGAAGGCCAUUCAGUUGGCCCGUGACAUGACGGACAUCGAGGACACUUUGAUUGUGGUGACCGCUGAUCACGGACACGCCGUCAGCAUAGCCGGCUAUCCUGGCAGAGGAACACCCAUCCUGGGAAUCAAUCAACAUGACACCGACAUCAACGGAGUGAAGUACUCGGUUCUCAACUAUGCAGCUGGACCCAAUCAGUAUCUGGAUGAGACCGGCCAGCGCAUUCCUCUGGACGAUAUCCUUGGCUCGGACGACGCCAUCACCCCCAGCUACAUUUCCAAGGAUCAGGGCGUGCACUCCGGCGAGGACGUGGGCAUAUUCGCCUCCGGCCCGCAGAGUCACCUCUUCACCGGAGUGAUGCAGCAGAGCACCAUUCCUCACCUGAUGGCAUAUGCCGCGUGCAUUGGAAGCGGAAAGCAGGUGUGCGACAACUGA